UGAUAAGAUCGCUGAGCUUGAGGCUGAGAGAACUGAACUUAAGGCCAGGAUUGCCGAGCUUCUAAGACAGACUGUGGAAGAGAAUAAGAUGCGUGAUGUUAAGGUCAAGGAACUAGAGCAAAAGAAUAUAGAGCUUGAGAAUAGACUCGCUAUAUUAGAACAGGGAGAAAAAA